AUGGCUACAUCAAAUCACAAUUAUUCAUCAAGUGAUGAUGGCGAUGAGUUUGUCGUUGAGGAUAUUCUUCGAAGGCGGGUUAAAGAAGGAGUUGAUUAUUAUAAAAUUAAGUGGGAAGGAUAUCCUCUUAGUGAAUGUACCUGGGAACCCAGUUCAAAUCUGAGUAAAUCUUUGAUAAAAAGAUAUGAAAAAAGUAUCUCUAGAGGAACGCCUUUCUCGGAGACUGUCUCUGAUGACACGGAUUCUGAUGAGGAUAAUUACCAUGAUGAAAACAAAUGUUCUGUUCCUGAGAUUAAAGAAAUACUUGAAAAAAAGAAGAAAAAAGGCGUUGUAAAGUAUAAAGUUUUGUACAACAAUGAGAAUGUUGACUGGAUUAUGGAGGAAGAUAUUAAAGAUGAGUCUCUUUUAAAAGCUUUUCAAGCUAAGAAGAGACGUAGAGAAGCUACAGUCGAGGACAAUGAUGAUGUGGUUGCUAAAAAAAUAAAAAGAGCUUCAGGGGGAGAGGAUUGUAAUAAAGUAGUAAAGAAAACAACAAAAGCUACCGCCGAAGACAAUGAUGAUGAGGUAGUAGAGAAACUAACAAGUGCUACCACGGAAAAUGAUGACGAUGAAGUGGUAAAAAAAAUAAGAGAAGCUGACAUUCCUCGGAACUUUAACUCUCCUAUUGAUUUAACACCAAAGACAACCAAAAGGAGAAGAUCCGACUUUGAUUCUUCAAGGCAAAUAUCUGGUUGUUUCUACAAUCCUCAGGUGACCAUGAAAUUUAAGUCACCAAAAAUUCCAACUCAAAAUCCAAACACUAAUUCUCCCACAAGCGACGGCGGUUUUUAUGUUAUUGAUGAGGAUAGUAAAGAUGGUAGAAGUAACUUUGAAGAGGAGGAUGAGUCUCGUGGAUCACAUACAAUUUCCGAGACAACAUGUGAUAAGGAGGAUAUUCUUCUUGUUAGAUUAAUAAGAAAGGCCAGAAAGGGGAUAAAGCAUAGUGAGGACAAUAUUGCCGGUAUUCUUGGUAUGCAGUGUAAUGAAUCUAAUGAAGAAUUAUACCUCAUUCAAUUAAAGGAUAAAAAUCUUGUUUUUAUGUAUUUUGAAGACAUUCCCCAUAAAUUUAGAGGUGAAUGUCGACGUAUUUCAUCCGGACGAAUUUUUUGUUAA